AUGGAAUUUUCCGUCUUCUUAGCCGACGUAAGACCUUCAUCCGGCAGCAAAAAGCUGUCCCUUGGAGCAGCUCAAACUUAUUCGGGGUAUGAAGAAGCGGGAGUGCACCACAUGGAGGAGAACCCUACUCGCCUUUGUAUGCCAAGUCACUGGACCGGCGAAACGGAUUCUCCCGAGGUUGAGCUUUCAAAGCGGGAUCGUUCCAACGCGCCCACGCCUUACUGCUUAUUCAGGGGCGGGCGAAAGCGCCUAUGGGACCAUUCGACAUUCAUAGCCUUUCAAUCCUAUUGCAAGACUGGAAUAUGA